AUGCCUGAUCGAAAAAAGUUGAGGAGCACAGAAAAAGCAACAGACAAAAAACCUCAUGGGUUCUCUAUGAGGGAUUAUUCUGACCUGAAAAAACUUCAGUCUCUCUUGAAUGUUCAGUCAAGGAACCAACAGCUUCCAGCUAUAUAUUUUGAAAGUGUUCAAUCCAGUGUGACAAGAGCUUGUCAAAAUGUGAAAAGCGAGGAACAAGAACCCAGUGGUCAAUGGGAAGAAUCAACAGAAGCUGCUGAGCUUGAAAAAUUUAGUGUGACCUACAAGAAUGAGAGAAAUUUUAGCAAACAUCCCAAACACAGGCUGUUUCAAGAUAUCUUUAUGGCUUUAGUCAAGAACAGACUUACCCACAGGGAGUGGGUUACUCAAGCUUCAUCCACCCAUUUUCUUAGAGUAUUGAUCUGCCUGAGAUUAUUAAUAAGGGAUCCAUGCUGUCAGGAAAUGCUUUACAGCUUGGGUGGAAUUGAAAAUCUAGCUCAGUGUAUGGAAACGGUAGCAAAUAGCUGUCUUAAUUACGGAGAGGAGCAGCAUAAUGUAGACAAGUUGGUCAACAUGACAUCCUUGGCAAAUGGAAUGUAUACAGUAGCAAAGCUGAUUUUACCCAACAAUGAAAGGAAUGCUGAAAAAGCCAGUUUAUUACAGUGUUAUGCUUUCAGAGCCCUGAGAUUUCUCUUCAGUAUGGAAAGAUAUCAGCAUGUUUUCAAAAGACUUUUCUCAGCUGAUUUAUUUGAAAUCUUCAUUGAUAUUGGACAUUAUGUGCAUGAUAUCAGAGCUAACGAAGGGUUGGUAUCAAAGCUAAAUUUGUUAAAGGAGGAUGUACUGAAGCAAAUUGCUGAAAGUAUUGAGAGUAUGAAUCAGAAUAAGGCACCCACAAAACGAAAUUAUGCAAUUUUAGAGCACCUUAACAGUGGAGCUUUUGGAAGUGUAUAUAAGGUUAGGAAGCAUAAUGGACAAAAUCUCCUGGCAAUGAAAGAAGUCAUUUUACACAAUCCAGCUUUUGGAAGAGACAAAAAAGACAGAGACAGUAGUGUAAGAAACAUUGUCUCUGAAUUAACCAUCAUCAAAGAGCAGCUUUAUCAUCCAAAUGUUGUAUGGUAUUAUAGAACCUUCUUGGAAAAUGACAGAUUGUACAUAGUCAUGGAGCUCGUAGAGGGGGUGCCAUUGGGAGAACACUUUCACUCUUUGAAGGAAAAACAACAGUUUACAGAAGACAGAAUAUGGCGUAUAUUUAUCCAACUUUGUCUAGCUCUUUGUUAUUUGCAUAAAGAGAAGAGGAUUGUUCAUCGAGAUCUCACUCCGAACAAUGUCAUGUUAGAGGAUAAAGACAAAGUUACAAUUACUGACUUUGGGCUUGCAAAGCAGAAGCAAGAAAACUGCAAACUUGCAUCAGUAGUAGGAACCAUUCUAUACUCAUGUCCUGUAGUUGUAAAGAGUGAGCUGUAUGGAGAGAAGGCUGAUGUCUGGGCUGCAGGAUGCAUCCUUUAUCAGAUGGCAACUCUGAACCCACCGUUUUACAGCACCAAUAUGCUCUCCUUGGCUACUAAGAUAGUAGGGGCUAUGUAUGAACCUGUGCCAGAAGAACUGAACUCUGAAAAAGUGUCAUUUACCAUUAAGAGCUGCUUGACUCCUGAUGCAAAGGCACGUCCAGACAUAGUGGAGGUCAACUCACUGCUGUCUGAUGUUAUGAUGAAAUACCUGGAUGUUCUAUUCACCUCUCAUCUCAUGUUGGAGAAGAAACUGGAUCGGGAGAGGAGACGAACCCAGCAGUACUUCAUGGAGGCUAAUUGAAAUGCAGUAACCUAUCACCAUCAGCUUUCCAUUUUAUCACAAAAAAAUUAUGAGAAGUUGAGUCUUCAUAGUAGCAGCAAUGGAGCAACCAGUUGCAAAAGUCAGUUUUCAGAAAAUACUGACCUUCCAGUUGGCAGUUGUCAGUCUGCAUGUGGAAAAUAUGAGGAAGGAACAUAUGAAGAAAUUCUGGUAGAGGAUCACAGGACUAUAGAGAAAGGUAUAAUUAAACAAAGUUUUAGUCGUUCUGGAAGACAACCAAAGAUAAGAGAUUAUGUUGACAGUCUUGGAUCAAGAUUGCAACCAGCAUCAGCAGGAAUUGCUGUAUCACAAAGGAAGGUGUCUCUACUUUCCAAAGGGAACAAAGAACUAUCCAGCAAAAGAAGAGAAUAUGUGAUUCUGAACAAAGGGUUUGGAAUUGUUCCUGAUGAAGUCAACCUGCCUGUACUUCAGCUGAGACUGAUUACUAAAGGGUCAAGCUUUGCUCAUUAAAUAACAUCCAGAUGGAAUACAAUGUGGGGCAGCUUCGAGACCUCACAGGGUGUUUCAGGAUGAUACUCUUUAGCUUUGUUUACAACAUAAGCACUUUGCAAGGAACAUUGGGAAAGAUGCUUUCAGGUUUAUAAAUUAGGAGAAAAGCACAGUUCUCAACAGUAAAUACCUUCUCUUUUUAGAAUAUGGUUUUUUUUAAACUGUUGCAUAGUCAGGUUUUCUGGAACAACAGUUCGGUAACCUUAUUUAUGUCCAUUUAUGUCUUCUGUGGGAAGAAAAAGAGCUUUGUAACAUGACCAGGAAGAAAGUAUACCUAGGUUCACUCUACCAGAAUUAGAGACAGAUUAAACACCAUCAGUACGAUUUUAAUAUUUAGAAGGAAUUUCACUUCUUAUAUUUAGGUAAUUGCAAAUUCUAAUGCUGGUGUGACAUGUUAAUUGUUAUUAUUUGCAAAUGACAUAGCUUCUGAAAUCAUUGUUAUUUUAAAACCAGCUGGCUUUACUGCUGUUUCAAACUGUCUUCAUAUUAUAUGUCUAUCUUUAGCCACACAUUGUAUAGAUCUGUGUACAUAAAAUGUGUCAUGUACAUUUGUAUACAUUUUAUAUACACGUAUGUUUUACUGUUUAACAGACUUAAGUAAAUUAAAUACAUGCUUUGCUACUAAUCAAAAUUGAAGUACUUAAGAGCACUUCCAGAAUUUCAAUAUUUAUUCACUGUAUUAAAUGUAGAUAAAAAUGUCUCACUGCAGUAGCAGAGAAGCUAUGUUUUUGUCCACAGUUUAGUAAGGAAUACUUAUUAAGAACAAAGGUUUCGCUCUACAGUUGCUACUGUGGCAAUCAUAACUAUUGCAAAUAACCAGAAUGUACUUGGUGAUACGGUUUUAUUAUCUCUGUUAAAAAUUGUUAGCCUUAUAGUCAUCACACGAUUACUUAUAAGUAAUUUCAUGCAGAUGUAUGUUGUGGACUUUUUUCUUUAUUUUUCCCUCCAGUGGUUUGUUUGUAACUAUAAACAGCUAAUUGGCAUUCAUUUCCUAACAAUUUAAGUGUAUAAUUUACUUAUAAUGUGUGACUUCAACAUCCUGAAUUGUGAAGCAGUGAAAAAGGGCCCAGUGGAUAAUGUAAAAAAUAAUAACAACAGUAAUAAAAUCUACCCUCUUU